CAUCCAGCUGCGACGCCGGCGACAGCUGCAGUCCGCCGGCAACUUCGUCGCUGCCACCAUGGAGGCUCCAGAAGGCGCCAGGAGCACCGGAAAAGGUACGCAGACGUCGUGCAGCGCCACUGACAAGCACGUACCCUGGUGGCGCCAGAGGGGUGCCCUGGUCCUCGCGGCCUGCCUCACCACCCUGGCGAUAGUCAUUCUUAUCGUCAUUAUCACGCUCACCACUGCCCAGGCGUCUGACGCCGCUGGCGAGCACAACCACACGGAAAAUUCAACGGGGGAGUCUGUCGAUGCAGAGUUUAUUCUGCCGGAUGGGCGACCAAUUAUACGCAGGUCGGAGUGGAGUUCCGUGCCGCCAGAUUAUCGGAGAACGCUGAGACACCCCACGCCGUAUGUGAUCAUCGGGCACACCGCGGAUAAGGUUUGUAGGGGCAAAGACGAGUGCUUCGUCCUGUUGCGCAUCUACCGCGAUGAACACCGUGCAAAGUGGUUGCAGCCGGACAUCACGUACAACUUUCUCAUAGACGUGGAGGGCAAUGUCUACGAGGGCCGCGGCUGGGACACCACCAAUAACUACCUAUCCUGGGCAAAGCGUUGCAACCUUGGUGUGACUCUGAUGGGUGACUUUACGACGGACAACGUGACGACUACGAUGAUGCAAACGCUACAACAGUUGCUGGACCUGGGACUGAGUUUGGGCAAACUGGAUCCGAACUACCGGUUGGUGGCGCAAAACCAGGUGGACGCUUCGCUUAGCCCCGGAAAUAACGUACUACUAGCCAUCGAUACGUGGCCACACCGGUGUCUAUAUGAUUGCAACGUGGGUGUCCAGUGUAUCUACGAAGAGAACGACGAAAUUGAUGCGUAAACUUUUAGCAGAUCUGGAGGGCAUCAUUCUUAAACGAUAUUGUUAACCCUUUAGUUUUUUAGGCACUAGGCCUUACGACGAACCAACGUCAAGCUGACCUCGCUACAAGAACCGUCAUAUGAGGGACCAAUGGAAGUUUGCCACACUGCGUGUCAAACAAAUAUUUUAGGCUAUUCAGUGUUCAUGAAGAGGUACUUAUUAAAUGUAACACAGCCUGUGAAAGUCUCAGUUUCUUCCAUCUUUUGAAAAUUCAUUUUCUGACAACCUAGUUUUCGAUCAUACUUACAUUAAAGUAUCUUCUUGUGUUUAUAAACUGCCGGUUAAUAGUAAAACGAAAGAGUGUGACCUUACAGGAACGAAAUUUAGUAACAUGUACAUGCAUUUGUUAUGCAAAAUUAAUAUUAUAUUGCAUAUUAAAAGUAAUAAUAAGUAACAGUAAUCUGCAAGUUAAAACCUAACACUCAACAUAUAUAGGCUGGUUGGCUCUGAGCACUAUGGGACUCAACUGCUGUGGUCAUUAGUCCCCUAGAACUUAGAACUACUUAAACCUAACUAACCUAAGGACAUCACACACAUCCAUCCAUGCCCGAGGCAGGAUUCGAACCUGCGACCGUAGCAGUCGCACGGUUCCGGACUGCGUGCCUAGAACCGCGAGACCACCGCGGCCGGCAACAUAUAUAGGUAGUUCUUACGUAGCCAGUACCGGUCUAAAUUGCGGAUCCAAAAGAAGGAUGGGAAAUAUGUAAUUUGUUUCGUAGGGAAUAGUCUCGUGCCUGUAGUCUGUUACAUUCCCAUCCUACAGUGGAACUCGCUCGGGUGGACGAUUCCGAACGACAUGUGACGUCACACCGUACAUUUGUCGCCAUCGAUAAACGGUUAAAUAUGAAAUGACAUACGAAUGUAACGUCUCGGAGGUAGUGUUCCUAGUCGUGUAAAAUUUUGUAGAAGGCGCCAUGGUCACUUUUAAAGGUGGAAUUUGUCGUCUGAACAACUCACUAUUGAAAUUUCUGUCGUGUGACCAUUCUCAAGUUGAAAUAAUUGUGCGUUACACAUGUCAAAACCUAAAAAUCAUCUGACAUACAUGCAUGUCGUCGUCACAUUCGUCUUUUGUAUCUUUAACUCAAAGACUACUCCUACAUUUGACUUCUAAAAGAUGUUAACAACGAUAAAAGUAUGUGUGACUAAUGCUAUUUUCACGAUACACCUAGUAGCUUUGCUCUCGUCUAAUAUUGAUUCAUUGUUACAAUUGAAUACAAAACAAAAGAAUAAGACGUCAUGCACGUAUGUCGCACGAUUUUUAGUUAGUGACCUGGCGUAAAGCUCAAUUACGUCCAUUUGAUAACGGCCAUACGGUCGAUAUUUCAAUACCUGGUUGUUCAGAUAAAUAAUUUUACAGUCAAAGGGAUCAUUAUGUCCUUUGCAAAACACGGAUUUAAAUUCCGAUUAUGCAGGCUUCUAAUGGAUUGAAUCUCUAAUAUUUAAUCUAUGAUAUUAAUAUGAAACAGUGAAAUCAGUUCUCGUUAAAUAAACUGGCACAAAAUAAUAUGACAACUUGAUCGAUUUCGCAACAUGACACUGGACCGGAACCGAGCUGAAAAUGAAAAAAAUUCACGUUUAUUGUUCCUCUGCUCUUUCUGACGAAAAAAUCCACGUAGAAACAUUACCACACUACAUUUGUGUCUAAAAUUUAUACAAAAUGCGAAAUUCACAAUUGUUCGAAGUGGUACCUCAUAACUUUUAUGCAGCUAUAACGUUUCCUUACACAGCUCUUUCGUUUCAAUUCAGUAUCUUCUUGUUGUAUUAUAUUGUAUAAAAAUGGGGACCUAGAAACGAUGGAGAGGCUUCGUCCUCGCCGUAGCCUCAGUGGUACAUAACCCCACAACAGGCCACAGCAGACCACUCACCCCUCCGCCGCCCCCACAUGGCACCCAGGGUUAUUGUGCGGUUCGCCCCCCACGCCCCCCCUCUCGCGAAUGUCUCACACCAGACGAGUGUAACCCCAAUGUUUGUGUGGUAGAGUGAUGACAGUGUACGCGUACGUGGAGAAAGUGUUUGCGCAGCAAUCGCCGACAUAGUGUAACUAAGGUGGAAUAAGGGGAACCAGGCUGCAUUCGCUGAGGCAGAUGGAAAACCGCCUAAAAACCAUCCAAAGACUGGCCGGUACACCGGACCUCGACACCAGUCCGCCGAGCAGAUUCGUGCCGGGGACCUGUGUGCUUUCCCACCCGGAAAGCAGUGCGUUAGGCCGCACGGCUAACCGGGCAGGUAUCUUCAUGUUACUCAAGCAUUACUACACUCAGUGAGCGUUCGUGUAAGGAGAUGUCUCACGUACAAGACUUUUCACAUGGAUAUUGAAUAAAAAGCGCUGCAGUUGUUAUUGUUAAUCCCAUAUAAAACGCAUGAUCGGUUUUGUAAUUUAAAUUACAUUGUCAAGUGCAGAUCUGAAUAAAAAGAAGAAAGAGACAGUUAACAGUAUUACGUAAAGACCAUAUCCCAGUGAUAAAAUAUUUCUUCCAACGUGACGUUUCUGAUAUGGGUUCAUAUGAGAGCAUUAUGCCACAACUGUUAUAAUUAAUUACUGUGGGAGUUGAGAUUAAAAAAUAAGCGACGAGAGAAAACAAUAUUUUGUCAUUGAGUGGUUAUGGUAUGCUGUCACCAAACCCCACAUCCUCUCGCGUUAGCUACUUCCCUGACUCUCGGGGUGUCAUAUGCAUGCAGUCAAUGCGAGUAGUCGACUCUAGAGGAAUUCUCGGCCGAUGGCCCGUCACCCAUAACAAACGAACUCUUCACUUUAAACAUUACAAUCACCUCGAUAAGUUCUCGUAAAUAUUAAUAUAGCAUCCCGUUUAAAUUUAUUACAUUGAUUUUGUAUUACUAUAUGAGUUUUCCUUUUAGCAUUACAAAUUUUUUUCUUUCGAAGUUGCAGUUGUAGUGGCACUUAUUAGCAAAAUAAAAUUUUUGAAAUUUUGCCUGAUGUUCGUAAUGAAAUACUGCCCUUCCAGCAUGUGUGUGCACAUAUAUGUACUUUUUAAAUUGUAUUACUGUUGUUUGUCAUAUUCACUAUGUGUAAUUUGUAUUACUAUUCUAAUGUAUUUUUCAUUUAAGGUCUGAUAUUUUUUAUGUUAGUCUCAACUGAGCAACUAUCAAUUUUGUCGAAAUCAUGUCCAUUCCAUGCCAUAGUCGCGUAUUUUUUUCUUAAUAUUGCUGUACAUUAAACAACGAAUGCUAAUUGAUUGCUCUUUUUCCCCUUUUUUGAAUUUUGUUCACAAAUUUGUAACAACUAACAUUAUGUAUCCAUUAAUCACUGCUAGGUAUUUGAGAAUGUUGAAAUGUUUAUGAUUUCUUGUUCUGUGUUCGUUUAAUUAUAAUAUAGAUUUUAAAAUGACAUAAAAA